UGAACUGUCUCAGCUUGCUGGUUGAUUCUAGUUCUUCUUUUAUAUCUUGUAUCUUGUAUUAGUAAACAAUUUUUCACAAAUCUUCUUUAUUUUAAUAGAGUCGUAAAAGAGACAUGGAUUUAUUAUCCUGAUCUUCACACCCAAGGGUUUUGCCAAAGGCUCUAGGACGGAAUGCCACCUAAAAAGAAAAGGGGACCUGUAGUGGUGGGUACAGUUUCUACUCGUUCUACCAGACGUGAAAGUGUUGUAAAUAUUGAAAUACCUAAAGGAUCGGUGAAGUCAGGAAAGUCUCCGGUAAGGUCCCCAGUACCUAAAAAGCCUACUAAAAAACCAAAACAAGAAGUUUCAAAUACUGAAAAUGAAGAUGGGGAUGCCCAACCUAAGGUGACUGAGACUCCUGCUCCUUCAAAUAAAAUUGAAAUCAGAACUGAAGUAACAGAUCUCUCUGAUGUCCAAGAUUCCAUAAAUUUUUGUAAUAUUGAGAUUCAUGAUGAAACUGAUAAACUGUGCCAAGAAGAAGUUGUUGCAGAAAUAGAAAAAGUAGCAGAAACCAAGACGGAAAUAACAUCAGAUGAAAACAAGGAAAGCGAAAGUGAAAUGAUGGAAUUACAAGCAACCCGUCCAGAGAUCCUAGAACUUCUGAAAGAUUGGAGUGAUGAAGAUAACAGUAAAGACAGUGUUAAAAUAAUUACUGAUAAAAAUAGGAAAAUCAUUGCCAAAGAUCAGCAAUGUCUGAUUGAUAUUCUCGAAGGCACAGGUCCAGAAACUGACCCUACAGCUGAAGGUUUGAAAUCAACUAAAAGAAUACAAGAGAUAAAAGAAGAAGAAAACCCUAUAGUGAACAUUGAGAGCCCUAAAGUUGAAGAGCCAGAUAUCAUUGAAGAAUGUGUGGUUGAAGACAAUAGCAUUAUUAUUGAGUUCUCAGAUGAAAAUUCUCAAGGAAGCAAAGAGGAAAGCAAGAUGGAGACUGAAGCAACCAAUUCAAAAAGUGAUGUAAAUUCAGUGGAAAGUAAAGCAUCUUCAUCUAACCACUCUGAAGACAGUUCCAAUAAUUAUGAAAUUGAAGAACAUAUUAUAUGUGACGCCUCUAAACCAAGCAAUGACUCUAAAAUAUCAGAGGGAUCAGUCAUUAAUACAGAGCAAGGUGAUAAAUUUACCUCAAAAGUCAUUAAAGUAUCUGACACAAGUGUAGAAAUUCAAUUUAUAUUAUCUGAUCAAAAUGAGUUAACCACUGUAAGUGAAUUGAAAACUGAAAUAUUAGAACCAAAGAAAGAUCCAGAAGAGGCCAAUUUGUGCAACAAACUAUUGGAAUCAAUGAAUAUUUCUCAAGAAGGCCCAAAAGCACAAACAUCUGACAAGAUAGAAGAAAGCAUUUCAAAGAUGAGCAUUUCGCCAAGAGAAGAAUCAAAGGCAAAAAUUUUAAAAACUCCACUAGCAAAAGCUAAAAAAAAUAGAAAGCCUUGUGAUUCAGAUAGUGAUCUAACAUCCACAGAAUCUGACAGCAGCCAGAGGAGAAGAAGUUUAAGGAAGAAACCUGAGGUGAACACUGGUUCUAUAGAGAAGUCUAGGCAACAGGAGGAAGUGAAGCCUCUUGAAAGUGAAAAACCUGAUUUAAAACCGUCUUUAGAACACACCUUUUAUACAUCAGAAGCACUUACAAAGAAACCCAUUAAAAUGAAACAAAAAGCCCCACUGGCAAAAGAUGAUUUUAUUCAGGAACCAAUGGAUUGUCUUUCAGAAAAAGCUACUGUAGUAGAUGAAGAAGAGUCUACAUCCAAUGAAAGUAUUAAGGAAUUCAAAUCCCUUUCACUAAUGGAUACGAGUACAGCCAAAACCUCAGACAUGGACACCAGUAUUCCAUUUGAAACAUCAGUAAACAAAAGGUCUCCUAAAAUACCAAAAUCAAAACAAAAACAAUCAGAUGAUGCAACCAAACUGGUAAUAAUAUCAGAAAUUGAUGCCACCAUAGAUGAAGUGUUGCGUAAAUAUACGGUCGAAGAGAAAACAUUAUCCUCAACCUCUUCACAAAAAGACCAAAAACAGAAACCAAAAGAAUCAAAGAAGAAGAAAGAAAAACCAAAAAAAGAUGACAAAAACGGAGAGUCCUCUGAAGAAAGACGUAGGUCCGAUAGAAUUAAAACGAUUGUUCCGGUCAAGAAAAAAUCUCAUGGGUUAGUAAAAUCCAAAUCAGAACCGUGUCUUCCUGACUUAGAUACUUCCGACAGUAAUUCCAAUACAAUGGAAGUCGAAAAAACCAUCCCAUAUGCUUCACCGCAACUUUCAAAACCAGAUAAAAAAUCCAAAUCGAAAUCAACCGAAUCUUUGCAAGUAGUAAAAGUGCUUUCUUCAGAUAUCCCAAAACCGAUGGAUAUAAAAGCCGACAAGUCUGGCCAGGCGGAAAUUGCAGCGCGACUAAAAACAUUUCAACACCUUAAAGAAAAUCAGUACAAAACAGACAGACAAGUUUGUAAAGAAGCUAAAGAAAUGAUCUGCGAUUGUUAUUUAGCAGAGGAGGAUAUUCAAAAAGACGAAUACGGCUGCGGAGAGGACUGCCUAAACAGACUGCUUAUGAUUGAGUGUGGACACUUGUGCCAAGUAGGUGAAAGAUGCACAAACAAGAAAUUCCAAAAGAACCAAUUUGCUCCUGUGGAAGUGUUCAAAACUGAUAAAAAGGGCUUAGGAUUGAGGGCCGCAGCCAAUAUCGCUUAUGGCGAGUUUAUUUUGGAGUAUAUCGGAGAAGUGCUGAAUCCUGAUGAGUUUGAUAAGAGGGCUGAAGUAUAUUCAAAGGAUAAGAAUAUUCACUUUUAUUUUAUGUCAUUGAGGGCCGAUGCUAUUAUAGAUGCUACUAUGAAAGGUAACAUAUCUAGAUUUAUAAACCAUUCUUGUGAUCCUAAUGCUGAAACUCAAAAAUGGACUGUUAACGGGGAAUUACGUAUAGGCUUUUUUAGUACGAGGACUAUUCUAGCCGGAGAGGAGAUCACUUUUGAUUAUCACUUUCAGAGAUACGGGAAAGAAGCUCAGAAGUGCUACUGUGAGGCGUCAAUAUGCAGAGGCUGGCUUGGAGAAAGACCUGAUGAAUCAGAGGAUGAAGAGGAGGAAGAAGAUGAGGAAGAGGAAGAAUCUUCUAAGCAACGCGAACCAGCGAAGGCUGAUGUGGUACUUAUACCUGACAAGUUAGAACCUGGCAAAGAAUUACCAGAGAAAAUGGAUAUAGAAAGUACAGUUACACCAAUGGAAGUAGGUGCAGAAGAAAAACCAGCAGCACCAGCCGAGAUAAAAGAAACUCCGAAAAAGACGAGUAAAAAGAAAGCUAGAAAGGACAUUUUGUAUGAAGAUUUUGAUCAACUUAAUGAUGAUAUUGAGAUGCUUCUCACGACUGGUUUAAAGAACCAGGCUCAUACAUUGAAACUGAGCAGGUUGAUGGUGAGAGCUAAAGAUUUGGAACAUCGUAAGAAGUUACUGCGCGUUUUAAGGAGAGGAGAAGUCGCUUGUCGAAGGUUGUUUUUGGAUUAUCAUGGAUUAAGAUUAAUGCAUGGCUACAUGAUCGACGCCCAGUCUUCAACAGGAGACACCAAAACGACUUUCACCAAACUUGACGUGAUUCAGACCAAACUAGAGUUGCUUCAAACAUUGGCGGUUUUACCAAUUCAAAAUAAAACUAUGCUCAUCGAAAGUAAAGUACUGCCCGCGGUGGAAAAAUGGUCCAAAAACGAAGAUAUUUUUGAAGACGGCGAUCAAAGCGACGUGAAAAAUUCACCGGAGUCCGACGAUCCCGCCGUAAAAGAAAAGAUCGACGAAAUUAAGUUUUUAGCGGCGAAUCUAUUACAAGAAUGGGUAAAUCUCAAAGAAAUUUUCCGCAUUCCCAAAAAACAAAGAAUCGAACAGAUGAAGGAGCACGAGAAAGAAGCAAAUAGGAAAUUCUUGGAGAGCAGUUAUGCCCAAGAAAAAGAACCGUCGAGAAAGAACGAUCAGCGCUACAGGACUUGGUCCCGGUACAAAUCGGAGAGAGAAUCCAGCAGGAAAACUAGGCACGAGGACAAAGACAGACCCUCGGCGGAAUUUUUAAAAAUAAGCAAACAUGAGAGACGUAAACUGUUCGCUCUACAAAUGGAAUUAAAAGAGGAGGAGCGUAGGUUAAAGCAGCGAGAGAUUUGGCGUCAGCACGAGAUGAACUGUAUGAUGAUCGGGGCGGAUCCGAGGUUCACCGCACCUUUCGACCCCAGUAAAGGGUUUCAGUACAUUUGGAAUCCGACACUUGGGCAAUGGCAAGCUUUGCCAGUACCACAAUCUAACAGUUCGCAAGGGAGUUCUAAUUUUAAUCUGCCAAAUCACAAGCCCUCCAUAUCAUUGCAACCGUUUCCGUUUGGUGGAACGUCUACCCCCCAGUUUCCAGCUUUUCCCGUGAUCACAUCAGCACCGAUUCCCAGUCAAAUACCGGGUAUCGCUUCAUCGGUGAACUCGACAGCCCAUCCCGCUAUUCCCGGACCGGUGCACGGUUUGCCUGUCAUUCCUGGAUCCUUACCUGGAAUUAAUCAACCGCCGUUGGCGAAUUUGCCGGUAUUCCACGAGAUAAAAGAAGAGGACCCAUCUCAAGUGAAAUUCGCAGGACCGAUACCGCCUCCGGCAAAACUGCCACCGAAAUGGAAAUGCGCCAAAGACAAGUACGGACGUCCAUAUUACUACCACGUGAAAAUCCGAAAAGCCCAAUGGGAACCCCCACCUUACAUAGAACCCGAAUCAACUGAUUCGUCCAGUUCGGAGAGUAGCAGCGUGAGCUCCUCGGAUUCCAGCUCGGAAUCGGAUAGCGACGAAGACCUGGACGACUCUCGUCUAUUGCUCGACGUAAAAAAACAAUUAGACUCGAGUUCUAAAUUGAAAUUGACUGUCUCGGAUUCUAUUAAACAAGAAUGCAAGGAUUCUGAUACCCCCAGUCCUGAAAUUAAGAUGGAAUCUGAUAGUGAAUAUGAGCCCAGAGAACAAAUGGAACCUCUCUCCUCUAUUGAUAUCAGACUGAAAGAACAGUUUAAUCUUGAUGAUAGUGAGGAUCCGCCUAAGAAGAGAAGGAGGAUCGGGUUGUGUCAAGAAAUAAUUAUCAGUCCUCGAACUGAAGAAGACCACAAACAAUUUAAAGAGGACAUAAAAAGAUUCAAAGCAACUAAAGAAAAACUGAAGAGACAAAAGGAACAGAUGCUGCUCCAAGCCAAGAAGAAACUAAAACUAAAAGAGCGACGACCUUCAAAAACUCGACUUAAGGAAAUGAAAGAGUGGAACGACGAGCAUGCGAAAAAAAUAAAAGAGGUCUUUAGGACUACUAUGGCUACCACUGUGGUAGGAGUGCUCAACGCUUACCGAAAACCUGAGUGUAAAGUUGGUAGGAUUGCCAAUACUGAAGAUUUUAAGCAUCUUGCUAGAAAGUUAACCCAUUUCGUGAUGCUUAAAGAAAUCAAGCAUUUAACAACCAUUGAUGAGCUGGUUUGUACCGACAAUGUGAAAGCGAAGGCCAGGGAAUAUAUUCGAAAGUAUAUGAGUAAAUUCGGGGAGGUUUACCAAAAAAGACAUGACGAACCGGAUUUUAAAGAUUAAUAAAUGUGUUCAUUGUUUUUUUUUUGUAAAUAUUUAUGUAGCCAAGGGUUUUAAAGUUUUAUGUUAGGUUAUCCCCGUGGUUCUUUCCGCAAUGUUUUUGUACACUUUAAAAAUAGAUGUAUUGAAACUUACAA